CCGGCCGCUGCGCUCGGCGGGCGCGGAAUAGAAUGAACUGUAACAAAACAAAGCCGAGCCUUUUGUAUCCGCUUUAAAGGGGCCGCAGGCGCUUCCCUCCGGCUCCCCCCACCCCCCUGGCGCCCAACCCCCGCUCGGCGACGGCGUCUCCGGGGCUCCCAGCAACUGGCCGGACGGGCUUCCCUCACCUUCAGGAACAGCCCGCCGGCGGGGCAGGCAGAGCCGGGCGGGAGGUGAAGAGGAGGCUCCGCGUUUGGAGGAGGCAAGAAAGGAAGGAAGGAAGGAAAAAAUAGCCGGAGCGGCGCAGAGUGGACUCUGGUCCCGGGGAGCGCGGCCGGGCGCCGGAGCGGGGACCGGGAAGCGCCGGAAUGCAAACAAAGCUCGCGGGCGCCGGUGCAGAGCUCGCGGGGCCGCCCGGAAAGUUUGUUUGAUGAUGGCUUGAGUCGGCGUGCGUGCGGGGAGCGAGGCCGCCAAGUUCUCUCUCCCGCGGCGUCCUUUGGAGGGAGACGUCUCUCCCAUGAGCCGGCGGGGGCUCGGGGGCUGUGCUGCGGGGGCACCUGUCUCUCGUGUUAUUAUUUUUGUUUUGGGGGGAGGAGGGGUGUGACUCGUCAUGUCGAAAGUGAUCCAGAAGAAGAACCACUGGACUAGCAAGGUUCACGAAUGCACCGUGAAGCGGGGACCCCAGGGCGAGCUGGGGGUGACGGUGCUGGGGGGCGCGGAGAACGGGGAGUUUCUGUAUGUCGGAGCGGUGGCCGCGGCGGCGGAGCUUCCCGGCGGCGGCGAGGGCCCCAGGCUGGGCGCAGGGGAGCUGCUGCUGGAGGUGCAGGGGGUCCGGGUGUCCGGCUUGCCCCGCUACGACGUGCUGGGCGUCCUGGACAGCUGCAAGGAGGCCGUCACCUUCAAAGCCGUCAGACCAGGAGGAAAGCUGAGCAAGGACCUGCGGCACUUCCUCAGCCAGCGCUUCCAGAAGGGCUCCCCUGACCACGAGCUGCAGCAGACCAUCAGGGACAACCUGUACCGCCACGCUGUGCCUUGCACAACCCGCUCUCCCAGGGAAGGAGAAGUGCCCGGCGUGGACUACAACUUCCUGACUGUGAAGGAGUUCCUGGACCUCGAGCAGAGCGGGACUCUCCUGGAGGUCGGCACCUAUGAAGGAAACUAUUAUGGGACACCCAAACCUCCCAGCCAGCCGGUCAGUGGGAAAGUGAUCACGACGGAUGCCUUGCAAAGCCUUCACUCCGGCUCCAAGCAGUCGACCCCCAAGCGAACCAAGUCCUACAAUGAUAUGCAAAAUGCUGGCCUAGUCCAUGCGGAGCUCGAGGAGGAUGAUGGUCCUGAAAUGAACAGCAGCUUCACAGCCGAUUCUGCUGAUCAGGAAGAGCACAGCCUGCAGGAAGCAACGCUCCCACCUGUGAAUAGUAGCCUCAUCGCUGCCCCCAUCACGGACCCUUCUCAGAAGUUCCCUCAAUACCUACCUCUUUCCGCAGAGGAUAAUCUAGGUCCUCUACCUGAGAACUGGGAGAUGGCCUACACCGAAAAUGGAGAAGUCUAUUUUAUAGACCAUAACACAAAAACAACGUCUUGGUUAGACCCUCGGUGCCUGAGCAAGCAGCAGAAGCCUCUGGAAGAGUGUGAGGAUGAUGAAGGGGUCCACACGGAGGAGCUGGACAGUGAACUAGAACUGCCUGCCGGUUGGGAAAAGAUUGAAGACCCUGUCUAUGGUAUCUACUAUGUAGACCACAUCAACAGGAAGACACAGUAUGAGAACCCAGUUCUAGAAGCCAAACGGAAGAAGCAGCUGGAGCAGCCGCCACCGCAGCCGCAGCCGCAGCCUCCGUCCGAAGAAUGGACAGAAGACCGGUCAUCGCUCGUGCCUCCUGCUAUUCCCAGCCACCCCCCAAGCAACCCAGAGCCGGCCAGGGACCCUCCCCUUCAGGGCAAACCCUUUUUUACACGAAACCCUUCUGAACUGAAAGGCAAGUUCAUUCACACGAAGCUGCGGAAAAGCAGCCGUGGCUUUGGCUUCACGGUCGUCGGAGGGGACGAACCUGACGAGUUUCUGCAGAUCAAGAGCCUCGUCCUGGAUGGUCCCGCUGCGCUGGACGGCAAGAUGGAAACAGGAGAUGUAAUUGUCAGCGUGAACGACACCUGCGUUUUGGGACACACACACGCGCAAGUUGUGAAAAUCUUCCAGUCCAUUCCCAUCGGUGCCAGUGUGGACCUUGAACUCUGCCGAGGUUAUCCGUUGCCUUUUGACCCAGAUGACCCCAAUACGAGUUUAGUGACCUCAGUGGCCAUUUUGGAUAAAGAACCAAUUAUCGUGAAUGGGCAAGAGACCUACGAUUCACCAGCUAGUCACAGCAGUAAAACAGGCAAAGUCAACGGCAUGAAGGACGCCAGGCCGAGCAGUCCAGCCGACGUGGCUUCCAACGGUUCCCAUGGUUACCCCAAUGACACUGUCUCGUUGGCUUCCUCCAUAGCCACUCAGCCAGAACUCAUAACUGUCCAUAUAGUCAAAGGGCCGAUGGGCUUUGGCUUCACUAUCGCAGACAGUCCUGGAGGGGGCGGCCAAAGGGUGAAGCAGAUCGUGGACAGCCCCCGGUGCCGCGGCCUGAAGGAGGGCGACCUCAUCGUGGAAGUGAACAAGAAGAACGUGCAGGCUCUCACGCACAACCAGGUGGUGGACAUGCUGAUCGAAUGUCCAAAGGGCAGUGAGGUCACCUUGUUGGUGCAACGAGGAGGGCUGCCAGUUCCCAAGAAGAGCCCCAAGUCGCAACCACUGGAGAGAAAAGACAGCCAGAACAGCUCACAGCACAGCGUCGCCAGCCACCGCAGCCUGCACACGGCCUCCCCCAGCCACAGCACACAGGUGCUCCCCGAGUUCCCACCUGCAGAGGCCCCCGCUGCAGAGCAGACCGACAGCUCUGGGCAGAAAAAGCCAGAUCCUUUUAAAAUCUGGGCCCAGUCCAGGAGCAUGUAUGAAAGCCGACCUAUGUCACCUUCGCCUGCGUCGGGAUUGAGCAAGGGUGAAAGGGAGAGAGAAAUCAGUUCCACGAAUUUUGGAGAAUGUCAGAUUCCAGAUUACCAAGAACAGGACAUCUUCCUCUGGAGGAAAGAGACUGGAUUUGGAUUUAGGAUUCUGGGUGGAAAUGAACCAGGGGAACCUAUUUAUAUCGGUCACAUCGUACCACUGGGUGCUGCUGAUACGGAUGGCCGCCUGAGGUCUGGGGAUGAAUUAAUCUGUGUGGAUGGGACACCAGUCAUUGGAAAGUCACACCAGCUUGUGGUCCAGCUUAUGCAACAAGCUGCCAAGCAAGGCCAUGUCAACCUCACAGUGCGGCGUAAAGUGGUAUUUUCAGCCCCCAAAGCCGAGCCAGAGGUGCCCUCGCCGGCCUCGUCGCACCACAGCAGCACGCAGCCCGCCUCGCUGACGGAGGAGAAGCGCACCCCGCAGGGCAGCCAGAACUCGCUCAACACCGUGAGCUCCGGCAGUGGCAGCACCAGCGGCAUCGGCAGCGGCGGGGGCGGUGGCAGCGGCGUGGGCAGCGCCCUGCAGCCCUACGACGUGGAGAUCCGGCGCGGGGACAGCGAGGGCUUCGGCUUCGUCAUCGUGUCGUCCGUGAGCCGGCCCGAGGCGGGCACGACCUUCGCAGGCAAUGCAUGUGUGGCUAUGCCUCACAAAAUAGGUCGGAUUAUUGAGGGGAGCCCUGCUGACCGAUGUGGCAAGCUGAAAGUAGGAGACCGGAUCUUGGCAGUAAAUGGAUGUUCCAUCACCAACAAGUCCCAUUCAGACAUUGUCAACCUAAUCAAGGAAGCGGGAAACACUGUUACCCUCCGCAUCAUUCCCGGGGAUGAGUCUUCGAAUGCCACUUUGCUGACCAACGCGGAGAAGAUCGCCACCAUCACCACCACACACACCCCUUCUCAGCAGGGGGCCCAGGAGACCAGGAACACCACCAAACCAAAGCCGGAAUCUCAGUUUGAGUUCAAAGCACCCCAGGCAACACAGGAGCAGGAUUUUUACACUGUGGACCUGGAAAGAGGAGCCAAGGGCUUUGGCUUUAGUCUUCGAGGGGGCCGAGAGUAUAACAUGGACCUCUAUGUUCUGCGCUUGGCAGAGGAUGGUCCUGCCGAAAGGUGUGGAAAGAUGAGGAUCGGUGACGAAAUUUUGGAGAUCAAUGGUGAAACCACCAAAAACAUGAAGCAUUCUCGGGCUAUAGAACUGAUUAAGAACGGAGGCCGCAGAGUGCGUCUGUCUCUGAAGCGGGGCGACGGCUCGGUACCAGAAUAUGGUGGGUCAAACUAUGAAAACCUCCCCUCCUUCCCUGGCAUGACUCCAUGACUUUGUCUCCAGAACUGCAGCAGGAAAGUCUUUUUGUUUCCCCUCUUCACCAGUGUCUUACCAGCCUUCCGCACCAUGUGAUUAUUUGCCUCGCUUGUUCUGAAACCUCUACACAUUUCAUCCUUUUGCUUGCCUUCCAUGGACUGGGGCAUGGCCUAAGACAAGAUCUUAAUAGCCCCCUUUCUGAUAAUCAGAGAAAACAUUUUGUCUAGUCCGACCAAGAGCGAAGGAAUGAUUG